AGGCGAUGAGCGCCUCUCGCGACGCCAGGGCGGAGAGCUAGCCGGCCGGGAGCCCACACGCAGCUGGAAGCACCAGACCGAUCGUGCCGGCCGAGCGGCGGCGCAGGCGCAGGCGCUUACAUGGGAGUAGAGGCGGGCGGGUGCGGGCGGAGGGCGGUCGUCACCGGGUUCUACGUCUGGGGCUGGGAGUUCCUCACCGCCCUCCUUCUCUUCUCGGCCGCCGUCGCCGCCGCAGACUCCUACUAGCAAGCUACCAACCUUCUUUCUUUCAUUCCCUUAGGUAGCUCAGCCGUACACACAACAACACACAAGUCAUCAGUUACUAGCUAGUUAGUAGCCUAUACAACACAUACAUACAUACAAAGGUGAGUGAGGUUCGCGUGCAAGCAGAGCCAAUCGUGCCGAUCGAGCUAUAUACAUAGCCGGCGGCGAGGGAUGGGAGAAGCGGCCGCGGCCGUGGCGGCGUCGAAGAGGGGCGGCGGGCCGGCGCCGUUCCUGACCAAGACGCACCAGAUGGUGGAGGAGCGGGGCACGGACGAGGUGAUCUCGUGGGCGGAGCAGGGCCGCUCCUUCGUGGUGUGGAAGCCCGUGGAGCUGGCGCGCGACCUCCUCCCGCUCCACUUCAAGCACUGCAACUUCUCCUCCUUCGUCCGCCAGCUCAACACCUACGGUUUCCGAAAGGUGGUGCCGGACCGGUGGGAGUUCGCGAACGACAACUUCCGUCGAGGCGAGCAGGGUCUCCUGUCCGGCAUCCGCCGCCGCAAGUCAACGGCGCUGCAGAUGUCCAAGUCCGGAUCCGGCGGCAGCGGCGGCGUGAACGCCACGUUCCCCCCGCCUCUGCCCCCUCCGCCUCCCGCGUCGGCCACCACGUCCGGCGUCCACGAGCGCAGCUCGUCGUCGGCGUCGUCGCCACCGCGGGCGCCCGACCUGGCCAGCGAGAACGAGCAGCUCAAGAAGGACAACCACACGCUGUCCGCCGAGCUGGCGCAGGCGCGCCGGCACUGCGAGGAGCUCCUGGGCUUCCUCUCGCGCUUCCUCGACGUCCGGCAGCUCGACCUCCGGCUGCUCAUGCAGGAGGACGUGCGAGCGGGGGCAAGCGACGACGGCGCACAGCGCCGCGCGCACGCAGUGGCCAGCCAGCUGGAGCGCGGCGGCGGCGAGGAGGGGAAGAGCGUGAAGCUGUUCGGCGUACUCUUAAAGGACGCCGCGAGGAAGAGGGGCCGGUGCGAGGAAGCGGCGGCCAGCGAGCGGCCCAUCAAGAUGAUCAGGGUCGGCGAGCCGUGGGUCGGCGUCCCGUCGUCGGGCCCGGGCCGGUGCGGCGGCGAGAAUUAACUGUCAUCCAAUGUGAGGUUGAUGACAAGGACAGUUUCAUCCAUCAUAUCGAGCAAGUAACAAAGCCAGUGCUGUGGUAAAACUGCAAAGACAGAACACAGGACACAGGAGAAAUAUAGGCGUAAGCAUGUUAAUUAAGAAUUAAUUAUAUAUGGGAUGCUUUUGAAGUAGCAAGAUUGGAAGUAGAGAUAAGUAAAACGGGCUAGAAGCAGCGCCCAUGUGUUCAGAAUGGAAAAUUAGCGUUUCCGUGUGUGUGUUAAGAAAAACUUAUAUGCGCUUUCUGCGAGCACGGUUGAUUCUUAAGAGCGACAGCAAAUGAAAGGUGUAUUAUUAAUU